GUCACCCUCGCAAAAACAAGCUUACGCCUAUGGGCUUUGGCUAUAAUUUGGAGCGAUUCCCAAAUCACAAAAUAAAACCCUAGCUUCUCUAAAACCCUUGCCAGCAGAAAAUCGACCUAAAUCCCUACCUCAGAAGAUAAUAUCGUUGCAAAAAUGGAAGAGAUAACCGAAGGAGUGAACAAGAUUAACAUUGCUGAAAACCAGAAGAAGAACCGAAUUCAAGUCUCCAAUACAAAGAAGCCGCUAUUCUUUUACGUUAAUCUCGCUAAGAGGUAUAUGCAGCAACACAGUGAGGUAGAGCUUUCAGGACUUGGCAUGGCAAUCUCAACAGUUGUCUCAGUUGCUGAAAUUCUGAAGAACAAUGGAUUUGCUGUUGAGAAGAAAAUCAUGACAUCCACUGUGGAGAUAAAGGAUGAUUUUCGUGGAAGGCCUGUCCAAAAAGCCAAGAUUGAAGUAGUACUUGGGAAAACAGCAAAUUUCGAUGAGUUAAUGGCUGCAGCCCAAGAGGCUAGGGAGAAUGGAAAUGAUGAGGAAUAAGCCUGAUAGCCGUCAUCUCAUCUCUUAUUUUGCCUACUGUUAUGGAUGUUGAAUGAGUUUGAGUCAUGUAAAAUGGCUACAUUUAUAGUGGGUAUAUUCCUUUAAGUUUUGUAACAAGUUGUUUAUUGGAUGUGUUAUGGUUAAGGCUUUUUUUAGGUGUAGAUUAGUCAAAUGAUGUUCUUUAACACAGUACUAUUAUAUGCAGUGGGAUUAUGCCUUUUUAGGUGAUUUAUUA